UGACAUGUCCCUUCCCGGCAGGGCCAGGCCAGGCACGCUCCGUCCCCGGCACCAUGGACCAAAGGGAGAUCCUGCUGCAGAACCUGGAGAGGGCCCAAGGCAAGAAGCUCAACCGAGGGGAGUUUGCAGAGGAGUUUUUGAAGCUGAAAAGGCAGACAACAAAGUACAAGCUGGAUAAAAUCUACCCUACAGCAGCGGCUGAGCAACCAGAGAAUGUCAAGAAGAACAGAUACAAGGACAUCUUACCUUUCGACCACAGCAGAGUGGAGCUGUCCCUGAUCACCUCCGACACAGACUCCCACUACAUCAAUGCCAACUUCAUCAAGGGUGUCUAUGGGCCAAGAGCAUACAUUGCAACCCAGGGUCCUCUCCCCACUACUGUCAUUGACUUCUGGAGGAUGAUUUGGGAGUAUGAAGUCCUGGUGGUGGUCAUGGCUUGCAUGGAGUUUGAAAUGGGGAAGAAGAAGUGUGAGCGUUACUGGGCAGAGAUGGACGGCUCCCCCCUGCACUGUGGCCCCUUCUCCAUCACCUGUGAAGCUGAGGGGAAGAGGGAUGAGUACGUGAUUAGGACUCUGAAGGUGACCUUCAAUGGGGUGACCCGCACCAUCCACCAGUUCCACUACAGAAACUGGCCAGACCACCACAUCCCCUCCUCCAUCGACCCCAUCCUGGAGCUCAUCAGGGAGAUUCGCUGCUACCAGCCGGAUGACGCUGUCCCUGUCUGCAUCCACUGCAGUGCUGGCUGUGGCAGGACGGGCGUCAUCUGCGCCAUCGACUACACCCAGAAGCUGCUGAAGGACGGGAUUGUUCCGGUGAACUUCAGCGUCUUCGGCCUGAUCCAGGAGAUGCGCACGCAAAGGCCCUGCAUUGUGCAGACCAAGGAGCAGUACGAGCUGGUUUACGAUGUGGUGAUUGAGCUCUUCAGAAGGCAGAUCAAAGCACUCGAUGCCCAGAAAGAUUCUGCUGAUUCCCAGGUACGAGCAGGGCCUCCUGUAGCCAAGCCCCUCCUGACUCCGGUGGAAGACAUUUACGGUCUGAGUUCGCUCACCUGCUCAGAGCGAGAGGAGCCCCAACACCUUCCUGCAGUGGCACAAAGCAAAGCGUCCCUGCCAUCUCCGUGCACCCCAGGAGCACAGGGCAGCUCUGGCUGUGCAGUGUCCCCCAUCAGACAGGCCUUCUCCUUCGGUGCUCUGAACUUCAUCAGCUGCAGGAAGGCGGCUGCCGCCGAGCGAUGGGGGGCUGGGGACGCCCCUCGGAAACGCCGCAGCUGGGAGCUGGACCUGGAGCCCAAGGGAGCAGCAGGGAGGGGGCCUGGGGGCAGAGCACCUCUGACAUGGACUGCAUCCAACCCUCCAGUGCUGGGGCAGCGGGGAGAAGACUGGGAAUGGGACGGAAGGGGUGCCAGGCCUGUUUGGAAUUCACAGUGGCCAAAUGCUGGUCACUCCAGCUUCCAGGAUGGAUUUUCCCCUGUGGACCUGAACCCCUCCAGACGGGAAGCAGAUGGCCCCCCAAGCCACAGGAACCACGGGCAAUGCCCUUACCCUCAUCUCUGCUCAGCAGAAGAUCCCUACUUCUCAUCACUCUCCCCAGAUGACCCCAUGUCCCCAGUGUUUUCCAAGUGCUUUGUGGAGGGGCAGGACGAGCUUCUUCCUUCUUGUGCUGCCAGUGCCCCGCUGCAGCCCACCACAGCCAGCUCCCCACGGUCCCACCAUGCUCCCCUGGACGAGGAGAGGAUGUCCCCAGCAGGUAACCUGUCCGUGUCUUUCCAAUUACCCACCCUGCCACAGCCAGAUGAUGAUGAUGAUCCCCCACCCCUGCCCCAGCGCACCCCCGAGUCCUUUAUUGUGGCCAAUGAACCGGGACAAUUUCCUCUGGCCACUUCUGAUUUUCAGCUCCCAGAGAGAAAUCCAAAUAUCGGAACCUCUCGGGAGUGGAGUGGUGAGACUCACUCAGAGGAGCUUCGUGACUUUGGGAGGCUGAGAACAUGCAAGAGUGUGAAGCUUCGGAGCCCCCGGACAGAGACAACCUGGGAUCGCUCUGACUCUCCUCCCCCGCUUCCUGAAAGAACCCCGGAGUCGUUUGUUCUCGCUGAGGCAGCAAGUCUGCAGCCUGCUGCGAGAAAUUCCUCGAGCCCUGCGGGUUUGGAGAACACGGAUUUUGAAACCUCGUCCAAAGAGGCUCUGAAAUGCUUCAGGAGGAGCAAGAGCAUGAAAAUACUGAAAAAUGUGAGAAAAAGCAUCUGCAGCCCAUCUUCAUGGACAAAAUCAUCAGAGCCUGCCCCAACAAACCCUCUGAGGUCUUUCCUUAACUUUGGCUUUGCAAAUCGAUUUUCAAAACCUAAAGGCCCAAGAAAUCCACCCCCAACAUGGAAUAUUUAAAUGCAUUUUAUAGACUUGGUGUUGCAGAUUUG